AUGACGAGCUUCAAUGGUGAAGCCGUCGGAUGGCUUCCCCGUCCCGCUAGUCCCGUUCAUUCGCUUCAGAAGGUUCUGUCUUGUUGCACUCGCUGCAACAUCUUCAAGCUGGCUUACUCGAAGACACACGGUGUUUUGUUCGACCCAGAUUUCCAAACGCCUCUGAUACUAGGCGAGUCCUUGGAUCUCUCGGAUUCUGAAGAGUCACAGUUUGUCGGUGCGUUUUCAGACGGCCUGUGGGCCAAGUCUGAGCCCAUUCUGUCCAUGUCUGCUUUUCAAAAGCCCACCGCAGGCGCCAUACUAGAUUACGGUUCCACACGAUCUUUGCAUGAUGCUGCCUCUUACUCGACUUACGGUCAAUCGCCUUAUGUGACCACCCCGUUCGUGCCCUCUCCCAUGGCCGAUCAAGCAAGCCAGAUCUCGGACUGCGUUCCAUACAUGCCCAACAAUGAGUACGCCAGCUCGUACGAAGAGUCUCAAUCGCCCAUGUUGGGCACACGCCAGCGUCAGCUCCCCGAGGUGGUAACCUACAGCCCUCAGCGAGGAGCAGAGGGAGCCAGAGUCACGGUCCAGAUUCAGACUCCCUAUGAUCUCCAUAGUUCCACAUAUGCGGGCUUGUAUUUGGUAUUCGGCACGAAGAAGUGUGAAUGUAUCCCGACUUUCCACGGAUUUGAGGGCUCUGUGUUCCAGUACAGACUCUCAGUUUAUGCACCUGCAUUCUUGUCCACUGGGUCACCAUCCUUUGCUGUUCCCCUGUCCGUCUCGAUGGAGACACACGAUGAGUCCCCUGCCACCGUCCUCCAGGUCGGCGUUUACACAUACGAGCAAGUGGCUCAGUCACCACCAGUGAAUUCCCGCAAGCGCAAGUUCUCCUACUCCGACCACCCCGUUGCAAGCACCAAGCGCCACAAUGGAACCUCAAUUAAGGUCGAGCCACACGAUGGCUACCACAGCCGCUCCGUGUCCGCAUCCUACUCACCUUACUUGCAGCCUCUUCCUGCUAUGUCUGGCUUCGUUGCUCCCUUCCACGCUGUCUCAUCCCCGCAACCCGGUUCUGCUCAAUACCCCUCCGUGUCUGCCACUCCCCAGCCUGCCUUGCGUGCUCCUUCCCCUCUGACACCUGCCUGGAGCCCCAAUUACCUCCCUGUUACCAGCGAGGGUCGCAACCAGGGAAUGCCCAUGCCCCAGCACAAGGGUUCCCAGCGUGGCAAUGCCACCCCGACUUUGAUCCGUACCUCUACCUUGCAGACUAGUUCGAUCUCCCAGAACCCACAAUUCAACCCCUACGCCAUGUACCCUACCAAGGCUGUGCUCAAGCUGAAUGGUGACUUGGACAGCAUGGCCCAGGGCUGGUCGAAGGAGGAGCGCCACGCACAGCGUCGCCUGGUUCAAUUCACUCGAUCUCAGACUGGCAGCACCAUCGUCGGAGACUUCAAGGCCGUUACUCCUGAGGAUCGCGCCCCCAACAGCAUAUGCAUCAGCUGUAUCUCCUGGGAGGGAAAGAAUGAGUGCUACGUUACCAGCGUGGAUACCAUCUACUUGCUCGAGUCUCUGGUCGCUGUGCGCUUCACUGUCGAAGAGAAGAACCGUAUUCGUCGUAACUUGGAGGGUUUCCGUCCUCUGACCGUUUCCAAGGCCAAGGCCGAUAGCGAAGAGUUCUUCAAGGUUAUCAUGGGCUUCCCAGCCCCCAAGCCUCGCAACAUCGAGAAGGACGUCAAGGUCUUCCCAUGGAAGAUCCUCAGCUCAGCAUUGAAGAAGAUUAUUGGGAAAUACUCCGCAAGCUACUCCUCCACAGCCAGCGCACUCCCCAAUCCAAUGACUAGCUACGCCAGCCACAUGGGCUCCGAUUCCGGUGCCGAGUCUCACGCGAUCAACUCCCCUCAAUCAAUCUCGGACUCCGGCGCGACAAAUACUUAUGCCCCAGCCAUGGCCCCGACCUACUCGCAGGCCGACCAAGCAACCCCCCAGAUGUCCUCGGCCCCCGAUCUCCGGAACAUGAUUGCAGUGACGCAGCCCUACACGUCCAUCGGCGCCUACUCAUAUCCCGCCAUGUGUCACCCGCAGAUGGCGCAAGGCCUCCCAGCCCCAGUCCCUCGCCCGGCAUGGGACAUGCAUGCGCUCAACACCGGUGCACCCCACACUGGCGCGCCGGCUAACGGGACCUGCUACAGCUACAUGGACCCCGUGUAUAACAUGCACGAUACGGCACAUGGUCAUUGA